GAUUCGCGAAGGGCGCAGCUCGGCCCCGCGCCCAGCCGGUGCUCCCGGGCGCAGCAACGCGGGCGCAUCGCAGGCAGACUCUUUUGCCAUGAACCAGCCCGCCCCUGGGGCUCCCCCACCGCCCCGCCGGGUGCGGCUGAAGCCCUGGCUGGUGGCCCAGGUGAACAGCUGCCAGUACCCAGGGCUUCAGUGGGUCAAUGGGGAAAGGAAAUACUUCUACAUUCCCUGGCGCCAUGCCACGCGGCACGGCCCCAGCCAGGACGGAGAUAACACCAUCUUCAAGGCCUGGGCCAAGGAGACGGGGAAGUACACGGAGGGCGUGGAUGAGGCCGACCCCGCCAAGUGGAAGGCCAACCUGCGCUGCGCCCUUAACAAGAGCCGCGACUUCCGCCUCUUCUACGACGGGCCCCGGGAUAUGCCGCCUCAGCCCUAUAAGAUCUACGAAGUCUGCUCCAGUGGCCCCGCUCCCACAGAGUCCCAGCCCAGUGAGGAUUACACUUCCGGUGCAGCAGAGGAGGAGGAGGGGGAAGAGGAAGAGCUCCAGAGGAUGUUACCAGGCCUGAGUAUCACAGAAACAGUGCAGCCUGGCCCCUCCAUGGUACCCUAUUCUUUACCCAAAGAGGAGCUCACGUGGCCACCCACUCUGCAGCAGCCUGUGGUGCUGGGCCCCUCUGCUCCAGACUGCAGCCUCCUGGCCCCUAACUCUGGAGACCCUGCUGCCUUUGGGGAACUUCUCCCGAAGGUCCUGCCGAGCCUGGAGCCCGGGCCCCUGGCUGCCAGCCUGCCCCCGGUGGGCGAACAGCUCCUGCCUGACCUGCUGAUCAGCCCCCACAUGCUCCCCUUGACCGACCUGGAGAUCAAGUUCCAGUACCGGGGUCGACCACCACGUGCCCUCACCAUCAGCAACCUACACGGCUGCCGGCUCUUCUACAGCCAACUGGAGGCCACUCAGGAGCAGGUGGAGCUCUUUGGCCCCGUGAGCCUGGAGCAGGUGCGCUUCCCCAGCCCUGAGGACAUCCCCAGCGACAAGCAGCGCUUCUACACGAACCAGCUGCUGGAUGUCCUGGACCGCGGGCUCAUCCUCCAGCUGCAGGGCCAGGACCUGUACGCCAUCCGCCUGUGCCAGUGCAAGGUGUUCUGGAGCGGGCCCUGCGCCACAGCCCAUGGCUCAUGCCCCAACCCGAUCCAGCGGGAGGUGAAGACCAAGCUCUUCAGCCUGGAGCAUUUUCUCAAUGAGCUCAUCCUGUUCCAGAAGGGCCAGACCAACACCCCACCGCCAUUUGAGAUUUUCUUCUGCUUUGGGGAGGAGUGGCCUGACCGCAAACCCCGAGAGAAGAAGCUCAUUACUGUACAGGUGGUGCCGGUAGCAGCCCGGUUGCUGCUGGAGAUGUUCUCAGGGGAGCUUUCUUGGUCGGCUGAUAGUAUCCGACUACAGAUCUCAAACCCAGACCUCAAAGAUCGCAUGGUGGAACAGUUCAAGGAGCUCCAUCACAUCUGGCAGUCCCAGCAGCGGGUGCAGCCUGUGCUGCAGGUCCCUCCUGUGCCAGGCCUCGAUGCUGGCCAGGGGCCUUGGCCCAUGCACCCAGUUAGCAUGCAACAAUAAGGCUGCAGAUGUGACUGGCCUGGGCUUCCUGGGUGGCUGUGUAGACUGAUGUGGAGGUGCCCCAGCCCCAACCCCAUCUUAGGGUCUUCUGGAAAUGGAUUUGGGCAAGGAGAGGAAAGAGAUACCCAAGCUCCAGGUUCUCUCUGCCGCAACUGAGAGGAGGCUGGAAACCAGCUUUGCUUUGAAGGCGCUGUCUUUCUCUGGAUCUGCCUCUUGUGUGCUAGCUGUGGUAUGCCUGGCUUUUGGAGAAACUUGGCUGUCAGCACCAGUGAGCACGGAAGGAACUCCCUCAGUCAGGGUGCCUCGUUGUACACAGCGAAUUGCUCCAGAGUGCUCUGGGCUAGGUUUCCCCACUGAGGCUUCUGCAGGACAUGGACCUGACUUGGAGGAUCCCUAGUUUGAAUCUUGCUUCCUCAUCUUACUCCCUCCUGAGAAAGAUGUGAGUACUUAGGUGUCACUCCAGACACUUAGGACUCUCAGCUACCCUGCUUCAAGAGUCCAAGAACCUGGGGUAGAAAGUAGAAUGUUAUCUAUUUUUGCAUUAAUGAAUAUUAAAAACAGAUUUGUCCAUUUCUUUACCUUUUCCAAUACCAGUUGCUUCCAUGCUGUUCUACCAGACCCCGUUUCUGAAGCCAGCUGGCCCUCUUUCCCUAGCACCUGCCCUCCAUCCCUGGGCCAUUGACAUGGGGAGGGGCUGCCUUCUAGGCUGAUGAGUCAGUUCUGGCUGGCUGCUUUUGCUUUCCAGGAGGAAGCUGGCUGAUGCCAGUGUGUGGAUUUUUAAAUGCAUUCCCAGUCUAAAAAUCCUAUCCAAUUCAAUUUACCAGAAGAACUGGUGGAUAAGAAAGUGUUGGUAUUCCAGCUAUAUUUGGGACCAGUAUAGUACUGUUAUCCCCAUGUAUAUGCAAAUACUAGUAAACAUAUUAGAACUCUGCUUGCAAAUUAGUAGCUCAUGUUUUGAAUCUGGCUCACAGUUGUGAUUUUAUGACCUGAACAAAAAGUUUUUUGUUUUUUUAUCAUGGAAGAUUUUAAACAUUUGCAAAAAUAGGAAGAAUGGUAUGAAACCGCCAUGCACCAGAUUCAACAAUGAUCAAUUCAUGGUCAGUCUUUUUCAUCUACAUUCCCAUCCAUGCCCCCACUCUGAGAUUAUUUUGAAGCAUAUCCCCGACCCGACAUUUCAUGUGCGAAUAUUUCAGCAUGGAUCUCUAAAGACAACCACAAUAUCAUUAUCACAUCUAAUGCAAAGAAAUUAAUUCUUUUGUCAAAUCUCCACUAUUUAAAAGAAAUUAAGACAAUGGGGAAAUUUAAAGUUAGUUAGAACAAGGAUCCCAAUAAGGCCCCCUACAUUGCAGUUAAGUUUCUUUUUGCCUUUAUUUUUUUUAAUCUAGAGGGUCUGCUUCCAAGUUUUUACCUUUCAAUUUAUUUAUUGGAGAAACUGCUUUGUUUUUUCCAGAUUUUGUUUUUGCUUAAUUGUCAAAGAUUUCAUUUCUGUUGUGUUGCUUAAUAUAUUCUGUUUCCCAUAUUUCCUGUACUUAGAUCUAGGCUCUGGAUUCUAGAGGCUUGACUGGAUUCAGGAUUUUGUUUUGACUACCUAUUAGUGGAUAUAGUUGGGUUGUUUUCUUCUUUAGUUAUUAUAAAUAAGGCUGUCAUGAAUAUGUUUGUGCAUUUUUAUGUCUUUUCAUAUUUUUGCCAGUGAAAUUGAGAUAGAUCCCUAGUAAUGAGAUUUAUGAAAGUUGCCCUCCAAAAAUGUUCCUCCAGCAAAUAUGGGAAAAGUCACCAAUACCCUCUCCUAUUCUCUGAAGAUUGAAAAGUAUUAGAUUUUUUUUAUGUCAGUGAAAAGCUGAGUAAAAAGCUUGAAUUAAAAGGUAAUAUUUAGUUGGGUCAUUCUGUGUCAAGGAAGAAUUUGAUGGGGAGAAAGGACCUGGAGGAAGGAAGGGAGAUAAACUGCUAGAAGGAUAUGUUCAUCCCCAGGGCCAUGACCAUCAGUAUUCUGAGAAUCCAACUUAAAAUAAGCACCAGCACAGGCCACCAGAGCAGUUCAAGGACACUACCAAGUGGAACCCUGGGAUGACUAGGGAGUGAAUUGCAGUGUGCAUUGGCCUUUCUUGAUCUCAGGCAUUUUUGUCUCCAUUACUUCUUUGGGAUACUGCUCAUCCACAAUUGGCUACUAUAAUCUCAAAAAACAAAGCACAUCCUUGUGGCGGUCACCUUGUUCCAUAAUCUCGGAUCUUCUCUGGAAUUGGGCUUUCAUCUUCACAAAAUGAUUCAGUUAAACCAGGGCCAUGCAAGGUGGAUAUGUACAUUGCAUUUGUGAGAAGCAAAAAAGCGCACAAGUUCCUGUAUGUUAUAUAUCCUACCUUAGAUUAAGGUAGGAUAUAUAAUAUAUAUAUGUUAUAUAUGAUUAUAUACCAUAUAUCUUUAUUAUUGACCUUUAUAAUCAUUCCCUUCAAACAGGUACAUAAAAAUUACAAGUCACUUUUCAUUAGCAGUCUUGCUGGGAAUAGUCCCAAUGGCUUUAGUUGUUAGUGUUCCACAUGAUCAUGACCAAAAUUUCUUGGCUAGUCCAAUUGUGGGAAUGAGGGAACAGACAAUUCUGUACGAAGUUUAUGACUUAGGUAAAUUCAAGUGCAUGGUCAGUUGACCUGCAGAUAUGGAAGACUCUCACUCUACUUCCACUAGAUAAUGCCAUGCAGGAAUGUAACAUCUACAUUAGAGUAACUGAUCACAAACAGUUCCUUUUUAAAUUAAAAUUUAGGUGAGUAUUCUUGCUAUGCCAAAAAGUAAGAAGACUGUUUCAGUACACAGUGAGGCCCUGACACCAUUAAUGUGAUAGGGUUCUGGUUUUCAAACAAGAGGAUGUUCUUGACAUUAACUAGGAUGUGCAUUCCACAUGCUUUUCAGUAGCUGGGUAAGGUUGUAUUAAGCCUCCCACAUUUUUAUUUUUCAGCCUUAGAUAAAACUUGCUGUGAUAAAAACCAAGUUCCUUAAAGAGAGCAAAGUUAACUGUUAUUGCAAGGCCCCAGAGUUGGACUAGGCUUAAAGAUUUAAUGGUUUAACCAGAAAUUGAAAGGGCUGGCUGGGAUAAUGUGUUCAUCCCUGCAAUCAGAUAAUCUCACUCCCAACACUUGUACACAAUCAAGUUUUUUUCCCCCCUCCCCUUUUGUUAUGGUUAAUUUCACGUGUCAACUUGGCUAGGUAAUGAUGUUCAGCUGUUUGGUCAAGGAAGCACUGGCCUGUUACUGAGGGUAUUUCAUGGAUUAAAAUCAUUAGUCAGUUGACAGAUUGCAUCUAUGGCCCAUUACAUCUACAAUCAACAAAGGAGACUGCCCUCAGCCAUGAGAGAAGUUUCAUCCAAUUGGGUGAAGUCCUUCAAGAGAGAGCUGAUGAUUUCAGCAGUCAGAAAGAACUUCUGUCUUUGCUUCAGCCAUCCAGAUUCCACUGGGAAAUCCACUGAAACCUUCCUUGGGGUUACCAAUUUGUGACCUGCCCUAUGGAAUUUGGAUUUGCCAAUCCCCAUGGUUGUGUGAGCCAAUUCCCACCAUAAAUCCCUUAAUAUUUACAUAUAGAAAUAUGUAUGCAUGUAUCUUCUGUCAGUUCCGUUGCCCUGGAGAACCCUAAUAUUAGACCUUCUAAUAAUGUCUCUUUAGAGAGUAAAACCCUGAGAACCACUGUUUUCACCAAUUCUAGAUAUUGCUCUGGAGCUUCAGGAUUCAAGCCCAGGAGUUAAAGUUUAACAAAGUGACAUGGCAAAGACAAGACAGAGAAAUGUUAGUAUCAACAACACUGUCAGAUGUAUCAAACUAGAUGCAGUUCUGCAGACAAGAUUAACUCAAAAUCCAAUUACUCUAACAUACUGUAUGAUCCCACUUCAUAAAACUCAAGAAAAUGCAAACUAAUCUACAAAACAGAAAACAGACCAAUGGCUGCUUGGGGAUGAGAGAAGGGAUUACAAAGGGAUACAAGCAAACUGGGUGGUAAAGGGUAUGUUCAUUUUCCUGGUUGUGGUAAUGGUUUCAUGGAUGUAUCAUGUCAAAUUACACACCUUAAAUAUGUGCAGUUUAUUCUAUGUUAAUUAUAUGUCAAUAAAGCCAUUUUUAAAGAGA